AUGUUAACUUCACAGCUGCCAAAAGUGCAGAUACAACCUCAAAGAAUCUCUCAAGUACAAGUUCAAUCCCCGUCACGUCCUUCAUUACAACCUCAUGUGCGGCAAUUUCAAUCAAAUUCUCCAAAAUUACCACAACCAUUAUCAACUAACAAAUCAAGUAUUACACCGAUUCCUAUAGCGCCCAAACCUCCCACAUUUCAGCUAUAUCAACAACAACAACAAUUACAAAAGAUAAUAGCAGAAGAAAUGCAGGCAUCAGAAAUAUUAAUUGUUCGAGAAGAUCGUAGUGUGUCUCCAAUAAUAGAUCCAGGGAGUAAUAAUGAAACGAUCCCUAAUAAGGAUAGUACAAUGGAAAUUGAUGCAGCAGUUGAAAAAAUUGAGUCAAAUGGAUCAAAAAACUCACAUGAUACAUCAGGUGAAGAAAUUUCUGUCGUCAAUGAAAGUGAUAAUCACAGCAUGAAUAGUACUGGUACAACGGUUCUUUCGAACAAUUUCAAUACUACUACCGAUUUGGUAUCGAAUAUUGAUGAAAGCAAAGGACUUGAACAAAUUCAAAAUUAA